AGGACUUUUACACGGAAGACCAAGUAGUGGACGUUGCCGGUGCCAUUGCGGUACCUGCUCCUUCACCAUGGCAUUGUUCAAGGCCAGCAAAAUGAAGCUCGCUGGGCUCUCCUUGCUCUCGCACGUGUUGCUGGCUUCGGCACAGCUCACGCUCCCUAGCAAUGUUCCAACCCCCUACCAGUAUCAAGGUUGCUGGACGGAUAUCGGAAGGACAAUCGAGGCCGCAUUUUUGGAGACGAAUGACAUGACCAUCCAGAAGUGCAUCACAUUUUGCAAAGGACAGAAUUACCCCUACGCAGGUUUGGAGUACUAUGGCCAGUGCUUCUGCGGCAUCAGCCUCGCCAAAGGCGCCCAGCAAGCCUCGGACCCGUCGCAGUGCAACACGCCCUGCAAUGGCGACAACACGCAGCCAUGUGGUGGCCCGAACCGCCUGACCCUCUAUCGCGACCCGACCAACAAUGGUCCUCAACCGAACACGGGUAUCAAAGACUGGCCCUAUCUCGGGUGCUACGCCGAGGGCACAACUGGGCGGGCUCUGCCCUGGGGUGCCCCUGUCAACUCGAACAACAUGACUGGUGCCAAUUGUGCACAGGCUUGCCAGACUGCGGGCUUCGUAUUGGCUGGCACAGAAUACUCGGGCGAAUGCUACUGUGCCAAUGACAUUAUGAAUGGCGGACAGCCGGCUACCGAUGGCUGUAACAUGAAAUGUAACGGGAACGGGACGGAAUAUUGCGGUGGUCCAAACCGGCUGAAUAUCUACGACUACAAGGGGCAGUAUGCAGCAGCUCAUGGAAUCACCAGCAGCAGCACAAGCACAAGCACAUCAAGCACGCUCAGCUCUAGCAGCAGCACAAGCAGCAGUGCCAGUACUACCAGCAGCAGCAUUGGCUCUACCAGCAGUAGCGUCGGUUCUACUAGCAGCAGCGCUGGCUCUACUAGCAGCAGUGGUAGCAUCAGCACGAGCACAACUGUGUCUGCGAGUAACAGCAUAUCCAGCUCAGCGUCGAGCAGCAGUGUUACUACCAGCAGCGGUUUCAUCACUAGCACUAGCGGCACUUCGAGCAGCAGCGGCAUCUCAAGCAGCAGCAGCACUGCAACAAGCAGUGUCAGCAGCUCCGCAACACCGAGCUCGACGGCGCCCGCCAACGAUGGAUUCCCCGCGGGCUGGACUUAUCAGGGCUGCUGGCAAGAUGGGCCUGGCCCACGUAUCAUCCCGACUUACCAGGCUCCAGAUAAUUCUAGCUUGACCCGCCAGAGUUGUGCCCAGCUCUGUGCAGGCAUGGGCUACACAGUGUCAGGCACUGAAUACUUCCGCCAGUGCUUCUGCUCCAACGCCAUCUACAACGGCGGACAUCAGGCCGCUGAUGAAUCGGGAUGCCAGACCCCUUGCGACGGUAACUCGACGCAAAUGUGUGGCGGCGCCGGCUAUCUUUCAGUCUGGUCCCUCGGCACUCCUAAAGCCUAUCAGCCACCAGCGCCACAGACUUCUGGACUAAACAAUACCUGGGCGUAUCAGGGCUGCUGGGUGUCCACCGUCAACAACGUCCGGAACUUGCCUUGGCAAAUCAUUCUAGCAGAUACAAAUUCUCCUGAGGAGUGUCUGGGACAAUGCGGGGCAUUUGGGUACGCAGCUGGUGGAAUGGAGUAUGGUCGCGAGUGUUAUUGCGGCGAUCCUGCUGAUGUCAUUGCCAACGGAGCAACGAUAGCACCAGAGUCAGACUGCAACAUAGCCUGUACUGGCGACCCCACGAUCAUAUGUGGUGGUGGUGCUCGGCAGAGUCUGUACUACUGGAACGGGACUACACCACUUUACAAGUGGAAAUACCCAACUGGUAACCAAGCAGGAGCUUACAGCUACCUUACGCCUGGGCUGGUCACGCCCUUGAUGACCAUGCAGUCAAUCACAGGCAAGGUCACCUUCCUCGAGAAAUACGGGACUGGCCUCCCAAACAGCACUGGCGCCUACGAGCUUGAUCUUAGCCUCGUUGGUGAUUUCGGCAAGACGUGGCGCGAGAUGCACGUCGACACUGAUAUCUUCUGCUCAGCUGGCGUCAUUCUCCCUGACAGGGCUGGCCGCCAGCUCACCAUUGGUGGAUGGUCGCUCCAGUCAACCUAUGGCGUUCGCCUGUAUUCGCCGAACGGCUCACCUGGUGUCAAUGGCACCAAUGACUGGGAAGAGAACGUAAACGAGCUCAGUCUCCAGCAAGGUCGAUGGUAUCCUAGUGCCAUGGUCAUGACCAACGGCUCCAUCCUUGUCGUUGGCGGUGAGAUUGGCUCCAACGACAGGCCUGUCCCGACGCUUGAAAUUCUCCCUUACACCGGCACGGCCCCCCUCUAUAUGGAUUGGCUCGAGCGGACGGAUCCCAACAACCUCUACCCGUUCUUGGCUGUUCUUCCCAGUGGCGGCAUCUUUGUCCAGUAUUGGGACGAAGCCCGGAUUCUAGACGAGGUCACGUUUGCCACCAAGAAGGUGUUGCCAAACCCGCCUGGAGCAGUCACAGACCCCAGAGCCGGCAGAACAUACCCGCUCGAGGGCACGGCUGUCCUCCUACCUCAGUCAGCGCCCUACACUGAUCCUCUUGGCAUCCUCAUCUGUGGUGGUGCGACUACGAACUCCCUUGGCCUAGACAAUUGUGUCACAAUCCAGCCAGAUGCCGCCAAGCCUACCUGGACACUGGAGCGCAUGCCGUCUAAGCGUGUGAUGAGCUGUAUGGCCCCGUUACCGGACGGCACCUACCUGAUUGUCAAUGGAGCUCACCAGGGCGUGGCAGGCUUCGGUCUUGCUACGAGCCCGAACCUGAACGCCGUCCUUUACGACCCCACCCAGCCUCUUGGUCAGCGCAUGUCUGUCAUGGCCAACACCACAAUCGCCCGCCUGUACCACAGUGAAGCGAUCACGCUCCUGGACGGCCGUGUCCUCAUCUCUGGCUCGGACCCGCAAGAUGGAGUUAACCCUGAAGAGCUCCGCGUAGAGGUUUUCACCCCUCCCUAUCUUCUCACUGGGGGUUCUAGGCCAUCGUUCACUGUGCCGGCCGCCUCCAAGGACUGGUCGUACGGCGGGACAUAUACCAUCAACCUUGGGCAGAGCGCUGGAGGCGUCCAGAAGAUCUCGCUGCUUGGCGCGGUCUCGAGCACGCACGGCAACUCCAUGGGUGCCCGUACCUUGUUCCCGACCUUCUCGUGCGCUGGAACUACAUGCUCGAUCACCGCACCGCCCAACAAGUACAUUGCUCCACCUGGUUGGUACCAACUCUUCUACCUCCGGGAUGGCGUGCCCGCAGUCGGCAGCUAUGUGCGCAUUGGCGGUGAUCCUGGCGCUCUCGGCAAUUGGCCGCCGGGCAACGAUUUCACCAGGCCCGGUGUAGGCCCGCUAUCCCAGUGAGGGGCCCUUUGUUUGGUGAUUUUUCUUUUUUGCAUUGUUCCACGCGCGUGCUUGUGAAGUAGUAGCAAUGUCGGGGACCAGUCGGGUACACUGCAUCGGAGCACAUACAGGUCGUCGCACUUGUCCUUGUGUUUUGCCUCUGCUUCUUGUCUGUAGACUUCUUUACAUAUGCCUUGUAGUUGAGAUUUGUUAAUAUAACAGUGUCGAAGCCUCGGCUUCGGCACAGAGUCGCUCCUU